AUGGCGCGAAAGGAUUUCCACCAUCCAUUCACGCCCUAUGACAUCCAGCAGCAAUUCAUGGAAGCAGUCUACAAGUGCAUCGAAGAAAGCAAAGUCGGCAUCUUCGAAUCUCCCACUGGAACUGGCAAAUCGCUCAGUCUGAUAUGCGGAGCUCUGACUUGGUUGCGAGAGAACAAGCGGAAGACGUACGGCGAAGCGAUUGCGACCGUCGACAUUGAUGAUGAGGAGCCGGAGUGGAUGAGACGACAUGCCGUCGAUGCUCGAGUAGCUGAGAUAAGACGUAUGCGAGAUGACUUUGAGGCAAGGCUAGAGAGGGUGCGGCAGCGCGAGAGGAAAAUCAAGGAGCGCGCAAAUGGAGGUACUGAGCCCGCUUUCAAACGGCGAAAGCAGGAUCAUGAGAAACAAGACGACUCAGACGAGGCCCAAUUCGUGCUUGACGAUUAUGACAGUGAUGACGAAAGAAAGUCUUCUGAUCAGACGGAAUUCUCGUCUGCAACCACGACUCUCAUGACGAAGCUGGGCCUGCUCAACCGCAAAGACGAUGGAGGUAUUGCAGAUGAGGAGCCGGAUGAGAUGAAAAUCUUCUUCUGCUCGAGAACGCAUUCUCAACUCUCGCAAUUUGUAGGCGAGCUGAAGCGUGUCGGGCUUCCACCUGGCUUUCCGCCCGCAGAUCUCAAAAAUUCCGGCACGGUUGAGCCAACGGAAGAGCUCAAACAUCUGACUCUGGGCUCUCGCAAGAACCUUUGCAUCAACGAGAAAGUGAACAAGCUCACCAGCCAGACCGCCAUCAACGAGAAGUGUAUCGAGUUGCAACAGUCAACCACUCCAACAGACAAGAAGUGCGGCUUCCUUCCCAACAAGGACAGCGAAGAUGUCGUCCUGGAGUUCCGAGACCAUGCUUUGGCCAAAAUUCGAGACAUUGAGGAUCUUGCGACCCUCGGGAGCAAGUUGCAGAUCUGCCCAUACUACGCCUCCAGACCUGGCAUUGGGCACGCGGAGAUGGUCACCUUGCCUUAUCCGCUGCUACUUCAGAAGGCUGCAAGAGAAGCCCUCGGUAUCAACCUCAAAGGCCAUGUAGUCAUAAUUGACGAAGCUCACAACUUGAUGAGUGCUGUGGAAGGCAUCUAUUCUGUGCAGAUUUCGGAUGCGCAGCUCAACCGAGCGAGAGACUCGUUGAUGGUGUACCUCCAGAAAUUCCGCAAUCGGCUGAAAGGGAGCAACAGGUCGUAUGUGACGCAAGUAGUCAGAGUCAUCGACUCACUGCUUCAAUUCACCAGAUCGGUUCAGGACGAGAAGACUCCUGGUAGCGUCGUGGCCGCGAGUGCGCUGUUAGCCGGCAAAUCCGUCGACCAGAUCAACCUUUCGAAACUGAUACGGUACAUCAAUGAGAGCAAGCUCGCACGCAAAGUCGAAGGGUACUCCGUCUACAAAUCACAGUUCGAAGCUGGCGACUGCAGCACACCCCAGCAGGUCGAAAAGGCAGACGUGCCGACACUCACACAUGUGCAGAACUUCCUCCUGGCAUUAAUGAAUCCAUCUCGAGAAGGUCGCUUCCUCUGGUCGAAAGAAGACAAGAACAUUACCAUCCGUUACCUGCUGCUCGAUCCGUCCGAGCAUUUUCGAGAGGUCGUUGAAAGCGCACGAGCGGUCAUUCUUGCUGGCGGCACCAUGUCGCCGAUGGAAGAGUACAAGCAACAGCUCUUCCCAUACCUGGACUCCAUUACCACUUUCUCUUGUGGGCACUUGAUUCCGCCGAGCAGUCUCUACGUCCGCGCUAUCACCUCUGAUAUUGAUGGUCGCGUCGACUUCACCUUCAAGUCCAGGACUGAUGCCACCGCUCUCCGUCUCGGCCGAGCUUUAGCAGAAAUCGCAAAAAAGGUCAAGGGCGGCAUGAUCGUCUUCUUUCCCAGCUACAGCUACCUCGAAUCUACUCUCGCAUUCUGGAAAACCCAACCAAUAUUCUCCCAAUUCGAAGCCAUCAAACCCGUCUUCUGCGACGAACGUUCCGGCGCCGCAGAAACUACCUUCAGAACCUACAGCGAAGCCAUCGCUGGAUCUUCCACUCGCGGCGCGAUUCUUCUUUCCGUCAUUGGCGGUAAGCUCUCCGAAGGAAUCAACUUCGCCGACGAUCUCGGUCGGUGCGUUGUCGUCGUUGGACUACCCUAUCCGAACCUGGAAACUCCAGAGUGGAAGUCCAAGAUGCAGUAUCUUGAAGAACAGGCUGGUACAAGAGGGGAGGCAAAGAGAACAGCGAGUCGAGAAUACGCGGAGAAUGUGUGUAUGAGGAGUGUCAAUCAGGCCAUUGGCAGGGUUAUACGGCAUAAGGAUGAUUGGGCGAGCAUUCUGCUUUUUGAUGCGAGGUAUGCGGAUGACAGGAUUCGGAGCAAGUUGCCGGGCUGGAUCAGGAGUAGUGUGGAUGAAAAGACUGAUGGGAGGGUCGAGGGCGUUGUCGCUGGAUUGGAGGCCUUCUUCACGUAG